AUGGCUGAUCUCCAAAAACUAGGCGACAUCGAGAGGCUCAGCAAACAUGUUCUUCGGGUCCUUGGGCAGAAUCCUGGCAAGUUUACUCUUCAAGGGACAAACACAUACGUGAUUGGGUCGCAGAACCCGUAUUUCCUGAUAGACACAGGAGAGGGCCUUGAUUCCUACAUACCUAUACUACAGAGUGCUCUUGAUUCCGCACGCGUCCUCCCUGACCAGCCAGACGUUUCGGAUAUCAUCCUUUCCCACUGGCACCACGACCACAUCGGUGGCCUACCCUCCGUUCUCAAGCUUCUCAAGCAAACCUGGAAAGACCGCUUCCCCGACCGACCAUACACCCCACCACGUCUGCACAAGUACCCUGCAUCCAAUACCCAACCAGGGCGGCACACCACACCGCACAACAUCCUUCCCAACGUCAUCGCCGACAUCCCUGCGGAGUUGUACACACCCUCCCCGUCUGGAACCAUCUUCCAUGACCUCUCCGACGGACAGACGUUCGUGGACAGCAGCAACGACAGUGGAGCUCCCCUCCUGCGUGUGCUGCACACCCCAGGGCACACCGUCGACUCCAUCUGCCUGUACAUCCCACAAGACCGCGCGCUCUACACCGCCGACACCGUCCUCGGGCACGGUACCGCCGUCUUCGAGGACCUCGCGACCUACCUCGCAAGCCUGAACAAGAUGCUCCAUUUCGGCUCGCCUCCCGCGUCGCCAGGUGAAGUCGACUUAGAGUACGUCACGCUCUACCCAGCACACGGCGCGAUAGUCGCCAACGGCCGCCAGACGAUCUCGACGUACAUCCAACACCGGCUGGAGCGCGAGGCACAGGUGCUCGCGGUCCUUCGGUCGCCUGUACCCGUCGAGCUGCACGACGGGGCGAACGCCGAGACAAAGACGACAUGGACGACGUGGAAUUUGGUUAGGGUAAUCUACAAAGCCUAUCCGGAGAAUUUAUGGCUUCCUGCUGCUCAUGGUAUCGACCUCCAUCUCAGAAAAUUGGAGGGCGAUGGUGUUGUUCGAAACAUUGGCGGAGAUGCUCAGCACACACUUUGGAAGGUGUUGCCGCGGACGCCUAGUCUUUGA